UUGAACCAUUGAAAUCUAUCUAUAUCGGGAUCAACCCUACGACUGAUCUCCCCAGCACCGCAGGGGCCGUCAGACGCAGCUCUUCACCGUGAGCCUUUUUCAUGUUUGCAAUUCCUUCGGGCCCUUUCUUCUCUUCUACUUGAGUCUGUUGUUCGCCGUAGCAGCAGACGUUACGCAGGCUUGUGAGACAGCCUGAGCCCGCUCUCUGAGUGCUCUUCGCGCUACUUCGUACACCCCUCGCUUUCCAGCUCGUAUCAGCCACGAAUCCUCUCUGCGUUGCCACACUGCGUGGACGUUGGCGGACACAUCUCACGGACACAUUUCAUACUCUUCUACCAACAUGGCGACAGCGCGCACAACAGGCGCCGAUGCGCAAGCAGAGGAGCUGCGGCGGAGAAAUGUUGCCGGCCAGACAGCAACGCCCGUCGUGAGCCAGGCCCAGAUCAAGGAGAAGUCCAAGGAGAAGCCAUUCGAGCUCAUUGCCUUCCUCGACGAGUAUGAAUUCAUCUGGGCCCCGCUCAUCUUCACCGCGCUGGCCUUCUUCACGCGCAUGUACAAGAUUGGUCUUUCGCCAAUUGUCACCUGGGACGAGGCUCACUUCGGCAAGUUCGGUUCCCACUACCUCAAGCGCGAGUUCUACUUCGAUGUCCACCCUCCCCUCGGCAAGAUGCUGGUCGGCCUCUCCGGAUACCUGGCCGGGUACAACGGAUCGUUUGAGUUCAAGUCUGGCGAAACAUACCCUGAGGAGCUGAACUACACCUUCAUGCGCCUCUUCAACGCCGCGUUCGGCGCCGUCUGCGUUCCAUUGGCCUACUUCACCGCGAAGGAGUUGAACUUCCGAAGACCCACCGUCUGGUUCGUCACCCUGGCUGUUCUCUGCGAGAACUCGUACACCACCAUCAGCCGCUUUAUUCUCCUCGAUUCCAUGCUGCUCUGCUUCACCUUCACCACCGUCUUCUGCUGGUCCAAGUUCCACCGUCAGCAGCACGAUCCCUUCUCUCCCGAGUGGGGUCUGUGGUUGAUGAUGACCGGCGUCUCCAUUGGAUGCGUGUGCAGUGUCAAGUGGGUCGGUUUCUUCGUCACUGCGCUGGUUGGUCUCUACACCAUUGAGGACCUCUGGAACAAGUUUGGCGACCUCAAGAUGCCCAAGCUCGAGCUCGUCAGCCACGUUGCGUUCCGCGUCUUCGGCCUCAUCCUCAUUCCUUUCGCCGUCUACACCUUCUCCUUCUACCUCCACUUCUUGAUUCUCGAGAACAGCGGUCCUGGCGACGCCCAGAUGAGCUCGCUCUUCCAAGCCAAUCUCCGCGGCACCGAAGUCGGCAAGAACAGCCCCCUCGAGAUGGCAUACGGCUCCCGCGCCACGCUGAAGAACAUGGGCUACGGAGGCGGUCUCCUCCACUCCCACGUCCAGACCUACCCCGAAGGUUCGAACCAGCAGCAGAUCACUUGCUACCAUCACAAGGAUGCCAACAACGACUGGUUUUUCUACCCCAACCGUCACGAGGCUCCCUAUGACCCUGAGGGUGAGCUUCGCUUCCCUGGCAACGGCGACAGCAUCCGUCUUAUCCACGCCCAGACCGGUCGCAACCUGCACUCGCAUCAGGUCCCUGCCCCGGUCACCAAGGCUGAUCACGAAGUCUCCUGCUACGGUAACGUGACUGUUGGCGACACCAAGGAUCACUGGGUUAUUGAGGUCGUCCGUGAUGCCGCUUCGAGGGACUACUCCCGAGUUCGCACACUCACCACUGCCUUCCGUCUCCGCCACAAGGACCUGAACUGCUACCUCCGUGCCGGCAACGUGAAUCUGCCACAGUGGGGUUUCAAGCAGAUUGAGACUACCUGCACCAAGUCGAACAACCCCCGCGACGUCUACACUCACUGGAACAUCGAGAGCCACACUAACGACAAGCUGCCCCCGGGCAACCCCGGUGACUACAAGUCGCCGUUCUUCCAGGACUUCAUCCACCUCAACGUUGCCAUGAUGACGUCCAACAACGCGCUGGUCCCCGACCCCGACAAGCAGGACGAUCUCGCGUCCGCUUUCUGGCAGUGGCCUAUUCUCCACGUCGGUCUCCGUAUGUGCGGCUGGAAUGACGACAUCGUCAAGUACUUCCUCCUUGGAAACCCCUUUGUAUACUGGGGCAGCACUGCCAGUCUCGGCGUCUUCGUCCUCAUCGUCGCCUGGUACAUUGUCCGAUGGCAGCGCGGCUACAACGACCUCAAGCAGAGCGAGAUCGACCAGAUCCACUACGCCGGCAUCUACCCCGUCAUCGGCUGGGUGUUGCACUACCUCCCCUUCAUGGCCAUGGGCCGUGUGACCUACGUGCACCACUACUACCCCGCGCUGUGGUUCGCAAUCCUGACCAUGGGCUUCUGCCUGGACUUCACGACCCGCAACCUCAACAAGCAGGUCCGCUGGGGCAUCUUCGCGGCGCUGUACGCCGUCAUCAUCGGCCUGUACUGGCUCUUCCGCGCCGUGUCGUUCGGCAUGGUCGGCCCCAACAAGCAGUGGAGCCACCUCAAGUGGUUCGAGAGCUGGCGCAUCACCGACUAGAGGCGCGGCGGAGGCGGUCGCUCCCCGCUUGUCUGCGCCGUGGCGUGCAGUGUAACAAAACCCCCUUUUUUUUCUUGCGUCGCGACUUCAGCCUUUCUUCGCCUCACCGUAGGGA